GAGAAGUGAGAAGCUAUGUAGAAGAAGAAAAUAGUUUGGACGUUUGAAGAUGGAGUGCGUAUUCGGAUUGGUAGGGAAGGGGUUCGCCAUCGUGGUGGCGGACACGUCGGCGGUGCACGGCAUACUGGUGCACAAGACGAACGAGGAGAAGAUCAUGAAACUUGAUUCUCACAAGCUUAUCGCCGCCAGUGGUGAGGGCGGUGACAGGGUUCAGUUCACUGAAUACGUACACAAGAACGUGGCUCUCUACCAAUUCCGCAACGGGAUCCCUUUGACCACUUCCGCUGCCGCCAAUUUCACCCGCGCCGAGCUAGCUGCUGCUCUCCGCAAGAACCCCUACGCUGUGAACAUUCUUCUUGCUGGUUACGACAACCACACAGGCCCUUCACUAUACUACAUUGACUACUUAGCAACACUUCACAAGGUUGACAAGGCAGCUUUUGGUUAUGCCUCCUAUCUUUCAUUGUCAAUGAUGGACACACACUACCACGCUGGAAUGUCCCUGCAAGAAGCUAUUGAUCUAGUAGAUAAAUGCAUCACGGAAAUCAGGUCCAGGUUGGUUGUGGCACCUCCAAACUUUGUUAUCAAAAUUGUUGACCAACACGGAGCCAGAGAGUGUGCGUGGCGUCAAUCGCUUCCUUCAGCUUCACCUACCUUUUGUUAAACUUACUAAUACUCUAGAGAAUCUAAAUUCAACUCUUUUAUGCAUAAUUUGCUGUUUUUUUAAUUAUUAUUAUUGUUUUAA